AUGCCUUGGAAAUUCUCAUUUAGGAGAUUGGGGAAGUUACAUAAACUCUCAUUCCUGCAGAGAAUGAGUUUGAGCCACAUGGAGAAUAUGCCUUUCGGCCGUUCAAGUCCUCGCGGAGCACAGAGACCGUCCUGGAAGCAGUGGCUCCUCUACUCGACAGUCACUGUUCUGCUAUUACUUUGCUCCUUCAGUGCACUAAUCUUUACUUUUCUUCCACUCAAGACUGCCCAGGGACCCUGUGUAGCGAAGUUUGGACCAUUACCUUCAAAAUGGCAAAUGCCCUCUCCUGAACCUUCUUGUGUGAAUAAGACAGCUGACUGGAGGCUGAAGAUACUUCAGAAUGGUUUAUAUUUAAUUUAUGGCCAAGUGGCUCCCAAUACAGCCUACAAGGGACGAGCUCCUUUUGAGGUGCAGCUGCGUAAGAAUGAAGACCCCAUACAAGCUCUAACCAACAACUCUACGAUCCAGAAUGUAGGAGGGGCUUACGAAUUCCAUGCUGGAGAUGUAAUAGACUUGAUAUUCAAUGCUGAGCAUCAGAUUCUGAAAAAUAAGACAUACUGGGGGAUCUUUCUACUUGCAAAUUCCCAAUUCAUCUCCUAG